AUGAGUCCUGCCAUUACCCACGUCACCGACCCUACCGCAGAUGCCCAUAUUUUGACCUCGCGUUCUGAAGAGGUCGAGAAGUUGCUGGGCCAAGUCCAAGAUCUGAUCAUCCCUUUCAUCCACUCAGCAGACAACCACAAGUCUCCCAAUGACCUUCCGAAUGGUCACUCCAACGGAGUGAACAAGAAGGGGUUGCGCAAGGCAUUGGUCGAGCAGCAUGACCCGAGGGAGCUGCAAAGGCUUAUGGCAUUGAGCUUUCCCACUGCUGGGCUUCUUGAGGAGGGCUUCUUGGAGGAAGUCGAGAAAGUCCUUCGCUACUCUGUGAACACCUGGGAUGCAGGUUUCAUGAGCAAGCUCUACGGCUCCACCGACGCACCAGGUCUAGCAGCUGAACUAGUGUUGGCCUCUCUCAACACCCAGGUCCACACCUUUCAGGUGUCGCCUGCACUAGCCGUCAUUGAGAAGUUCACCGCACGCGCUCUCGCGAACCUGUUCGGACUGAAUGGGGCUUUCGCAGGCGGCGUAACCACCUCAGGAGGAUCAGGCUCCAAUGCAACUGCUAUGCUAGUAGCACGUCAUACUCUGUUCCCCGAGACGAAGCAGCUGGGCAACAGUGCUGGUGGGCUUCGACUGGCCGCUUUCACUUCAGCCAAUGGUCAUUACAGCAUCGAAAAGGCUGGGUUGAUGCUUGGUCUCGGCAUGUCGUCGGUGUUUGCGGUCCCUGCCGAUCCAACGACUCGUAGCAUGGAUCCGGCGGCGCUUCGGUCCUGUAUUGAGAAUGCCAUCUCUGAAGGAUUCACACCCUUCUUCUUGAACGCCACUGCCGGAACAACCGUUUUCGGCGCUUACGACAAUCUUCGCCCACUCCAUGCUAUCUGCAAGGACUUCGGCAUGUGGCUCCAUGUUGAUGCCUCUCUGGGUGGGCCCGCUGUUUUCAGUGCAAAGCACAAGUACAAACUUGACGGAAGUCAUCUGGCCAACUCCAUCACCAUCAAUCCACACAAGAUGAUGGGCGUACCCGCAACUUGUUCCUUCGUGCUCAGCGCGGAUAUACGUCAAUUCCACACCAGCAACACAUUACCCGCGAGCUAUCUUUUCCACAGUGCUGAUAGCUCGGAGGAAGUGUUUGACUUGGCUGAUCUCACCAUGCAGUGCGGACGUCGUGGCGAUGCAUUGAAGAUGUACCUGAGUUGGAUGUAUCAUGGCUACGAGGGCUAUGCCAAGCAGGUUGACGCAGUCUUCAGUACCGCUGCAUAUCUUGCAAGGCUCGUGGAAGAUCAUCCAAAUCUCGUUUUGAUUAGCCCAAACCCGCCACCUUGCUGCCAAGUGUGCUUCUACUAUGCAGAAGGAGGACGGUUGAGCGAGGAUGCUGGUCGCAAUGAGGAAGUUACGAAGCAAAUAGCGGCGCAGCUCGUGCAUCGGGGGUUCAUGGUGGAUUACGCUGGCGGAGAUACCCGUGGCGCGUUCUUGCGACCAGUUGUCAGCAGGGGAACUGGCAUCCAGAAGGUGGAAGAGCUGAUCGAGGUCGUGGAGCAGAUCGGAUCCACUGUCUGGGAGAGCAAUGUGGAGACCUUCAUGGAGGACUCAACGGGUUCAGACGUUUCGCCCUAG